CAUGUAACCUUCUGUGCCAUAUAAUAAAUCUUGUGGUCUCUUGUCUGCCAUCGAGUAACAUUCUCAACUUCGCUAGUUUCAAAUGGCAGUUCCACCAGAGAUGGAGCAUCCCAGAAAGGCUUUUGGAUGGGCAGCCAAAGACACAUCUGGGGUUCUGUUCCCUUUCAAGUUCUCAAGAAGGGAAACAGGAGAGAAAGAUGUAACGUUCAAAGUGUUAUACUGUGGCAUAUGCCACUCAGACCUCCACAUGGUGAAGAACGAAUGGGGCAAUUCCACUUACCCCCUUGUGCCAGGGCAUGAGAUUGUAGGUGAAGUAACAGAAGUGGGAAGCAAGGUACAAAAAUUCAAAGUUGGAGACAAGGUGGGUGUGGGGUGCAUGGUUCAAUCAUGCCGCUCAUGCCAAAGCUGUGAUGAAAGUCUUGAGAAUUACUGUCCAAAAAUGAUUCUAACCUAUGGUGCAAAGGAUGUUGAUGGCACGACCACAUAUGGAGGCUACUCUGACCAUAUGGUUGCAGAUGAACACUUUGUGAUCCAUAUUCCAGAUGGUUUACCUCUUGAUGCUGCUGCUCCUCUCCUUUGUGCUGGGAUCACAGUGUAUAGCCCUUUAAGAUAUUUUGGACUUGACAAGCCUGGCUUACAAUUGGGUGUGGUUGGUCUUGGUGGGCUUGGCCAUGUAGCUGUUAAGUUUGCUAAAGCUUUUGGGGCUAAGGUGACAGUAAUUAGCACAUCUAGUAACAAAAAGAAGGAAGCCAUUGAACACCUUGGAGCUGACUCAUUUGUUGUCAGCAGUGACCAAAAUCAGAUGCGGGCUGUAAUGGGCACCUUGGAUGGUAUCAUUGACACAGUUUCUGCUGUCCAUCCUCUAUUUCCUUUGAUUGGUCUGUUGAAGACUCAUGGGAAACUUGUCAUGGUUGGUGCACCUGAGAAGCCUCUGGAGCUACCAGUCUUUCCUUUACUUUUGGGUAAGCAUAUGGAAAAUAAUACUAUAUCAGGGAGAAAGAUGGUAGCUGGCAGUUGCAUUGGAGGAAUGAAUGAGACACAAGAAAUGAUUGACUUUGCUGCUAAACACGAUGUAAAACCUGACAUUGAGGUUAUUCCUAUAGAUUAUGUGAACACUGCAAUGGAGCGCCUCCUCAAAGCAGAUGUGAAAUAUCGAUUUGUGAUUGACAUUGGGAAUACACUGAAGCCAAGCUCUUAAAUUUUCAUGAUUCAUGUUUCAGAUAAUGAAUGCAGGGCAAGAGGAUAAGGCUUAGAGUUUAUUGUUUUAAUUAACCAUCGUGUCUGUCUUGUGUAGUGAGUAUUUGAUUUGAUGUGCCUUUCUUGACAUAGGAGGGGCAAUAUCUUUGUGGUCAGGGCUUUAAUCGAAUAAAUAGCUGCAUGUAGGGCAUGUAAGCUUGGGUUAAAAUCUUGUUUGGGAGAAAAACAUUUUAUAUAACAUAUGGGAAAAUUUCUUUUUUUUUUGCAGAAAAAAAUUUCUUUACUACAUUCAUAU